AACACAAACAAAACAAAAUUUGUUGUAAUAAUUAUAUAUAUAUCGCAUCUCGUUAAUAAAGGUUUAACAAAUUGAAAAAAUCUUAAUAACAGAUUAAUAACGUUUUCAUUCAUAGCUGCUAAAAAUUGGGAAUUCUGUUGUCCAAAAAGAAAUUGACUUUAAAAAAAAAAAAAUUUCAUUCCUGAUCAACAACGACAAACAAUUAAAUUAUUAAUUAAAUCAAAAUGGGCUUAUUACCGUUAGAAUUUACUGAUGGCCUAACGGAUUCGCCAUUUUUUCGUGAAACAUUACAAUCACAUGAACGUGAAUUAGAUCUGACCAAUACGGCCAUAAAGCAUUUGAUAAAAGAUAUUAAAGAUUUAAUCGCUGCCGCUCGAAAUUUAAGCCGAGCACAGCGUACAUUAUCUGAUACAUUGAAUAAUUUCAAUUUCGAAUGCAUAGGCAAUUCACAAACCGAUGAUGAAAUGGUUAUUGCUAAUUCAUUCAAAGAUUUUGCCCGUCUUUUGUCCACUAUUGAGGAUGAACGUGAUCGUUUACUUGAAAAAGCUGAUGAAGCAUUUCUUGAACCAAUUGAACGAUUUCGUCGUGAUCAAAUCGGUAGCGCAAAAGAGGCUAAAAAGAAAUUUGAAAAAGAGACAGCAAAAUAUUGCCAAAAUUUGGAACGUUACCUCAAUCUAUCUGUGAAGAAAAGUGAAACACAAUUAUGGGAAGCCGAUGCCAAUAAUUCUAUGGAACAGCAACAUUUUUUCAAAGCAAUGUCUGAAUAUGUUUUGAAAUUACAAGAAGUGAAUGAAAGGAAAAAAUUUGAAUUCGUUGAAACUGUGCUAAGUUUUAUGCUCGGUUGGUUAACAUUCUAUCAUCAAGGCCAUGAAAUUGCUACCGAUUUUUAUUCGGUGAAAAUGGAAUUACAGAUGCGUUUACAGCGGACACGAAAUAAUUUCAACAUGACACAAGAAGAAACUAAAUCAUUGCGUAAAAAAAUGCUUGAUAAUCAAGAAAAAUUUCGUCAAAAAUUUCAAGAUUCAUGUUCAUCCAAAAAGACCUAUUCCCGUCAAGGUUAUCUAUUUUUAAUGGAAAAAAAAGCUUUCACUACCUCAUGGACUAAGCAUUUUUGCAAAUUUAAUAAACAAACAAAACGUUUGAAAAUGAUACAAUAUACUCAAACUACUGGGAAAAUUGUAUCUACAGACGAGAUUACCAUAAAAGAAUGUAUUAAAAGAAAUCAGGAUACCAUUGAUAGACGUUUCUGUUUUGAUAUUGUGGCACAACCAGAAAUAUUGAAUUCUAAUCAUCAUCAUCAUCACCAUUCUGGUCAUAAUCAUUCUGCAACAACAAAUGGAGGAGGUAGUAAUAGUGGCAGUGUUGGUAAUAAUAUGGCUAUCCAAAAACAUUCCAAUAAUUCACAGAAUACGAAUUCAUCCUCAAAUGAUGGUUCGGCUCAAGUUGUCAUUUAUACAUUUCAGGCCAUAUCUGAAGAAGAUUACAAGUAUUGGCUUGAAACAUUGAAUGCUCGUGAUCCAUAUCCGACGAAUUUAAGUGGUCAAAAAUCGGGAAAACAAAAUUCUAAUAAAAUUAAUAGUGAUAAUUUGAAAAACACUAUUGAUAGUCAUCUAAAUGAAACGUAUCAAUUGGAUGCUGAAGGUUAUUGGUUUGUUAAGAAAUGUAUUCGAACAAUCGAAUCUCAUGGCCUAGAUCAAAAAGGAAUUUAUCGAAUGGUUGGUGUAGCUAGCCGUGUUCGUACAUUGAUGGAUAUGUUUGCACAAUCUAAGUCAAUCAAUCAGAAUCAUGAAGAUCAUGAACAUGAUAUUGAUCGUACAGAUUUAUUACCAAAUUUUAAUGUCGAUUCAGAGGAUUUUGAAACAAAAACAUUGACCAGUGCUUUGAAAAGCUAUCUUCGGAAUUUAGCCGAACCAAUUAUGACAUUUCAAUUACAUCAUUUAUUCAUAACAGCUGCGAAAUUGGAAAAUAGAGCUUUACGAAUCGAAAAGAUUCAUCAACUUGUGCAUCGUUUGCCACCGAUCAAUUUUAAAGUUCUUAAAAUUCUUAUUGAACAUCUUCAAAAAGUUGCCAAAUUACAUGACAAGAAUCUGAUGACUUCAUCCAAUCUUGGUGUUUGUUUUGGUCCAACAUUACUACGUACAGCAGAAGAAUCUGUUGCUGCAAUUAUGGAUAUCAAAUUUGUCAAUGUUAUUGCCGAAUUAUUGAUUGAAAACUAUGAGAAGUUUUUUCUGACUAAACCAACACAAAUGGAAUUAGAACAAGUCCAACCAAUUACCAAUUAUCUAACUUCAACAGUUAAUCAGAAUUAUAUGAAUAGUCAGAUACAACAACGUCCGUUGCCAAACGUACCAAUUAGCCAACAACAACAACAACAGCAACAUUAUGCCAAAACAAUCUAUGAAACUCCAAUGUCUACGAUGAAUAAUCGUUUAUUACCGCCAUCGUUGAACCAACAGCAAUCACCAACGAAUAUAUGUCGAAGCAACAGUCAAGAUCAAUUACAUACAGCAAAUAUACAAACAAAAUCUAGAGCUUUGUAUUGUAAUAAUCAGAAUGCAUUGAAUUCUGUUGGCCAAAAUAUGAAUGGAUCUUCAACGGCCAUGUUACAUGCACAACAUUCAAAACAGUAUUCAAUCAAUUAUUCUACUUAUCCACAUUAUCAAAUUCAACCACAACAACAACAACAACAACAGCAACUUAAUUGUAAUAAUACGGCAUCACGCCGUGCACUCCAUCUUUCUUUAUCAUCAUCAUCACCGUCACCAUCAUUAGGAUCGACGACACUUUCAACAAUGGCCAAUACACUACAGCAACAACAACAGCAACACUUGUAUUCACAGCCACAUCAACAACAACAACAACAACAGCAGCAGCAUCAAAUGUUUUAUAAACAAAUUCCGGCCAAUUCUAUAUAUGGACAGAUUCGAACCAAUUCGAAUCAUUUAUUACAACCUUCAAUUUCUUAUCAAAAUCUUCAUUAUAAUAAUGAAUUGUCCGCCGCUUUUUCAGGUGAUGCAAUGCAGAAAAAAAGUCCGACUGGACCGAAUUCAAAUAUAAUCUAUAAUCGACCAAUGACUAGUAUUGGUAUAAUGCCACCAAAUUCAAAUUAUGCAAGUCUCCUUCGUUCAGAUAGUAAUGAAACGGGAUCAAAAUUAGAAUCAAUCAGUAAAAAUAACUAUAGUCCAAUAACAAAUGAAUCGAUAGCUUUGCAAAGUGGUUUUAUAUCAAUACCAAAUACACAAUCAAUGCAACAACAUUCUUCAAGACCGGUAAAUUUUUCAUCAUCAUCAUCGACGUCAUUACCAUCGACACCCGAACAUUCACAAUUCCCAUAUAAAUUGCCACCGGCUACAAUGAUUAAAUCGGCAACAACGACAUCGGCAAUGAAUAGAAAUCCAAUUGUCGAUCAAACUGGUUCGACAACUGCCGAUCCAAUUAUUGAAUUAUAUGGCAGUAGUGCAGGUGGUGGCAGUGUUGUGAAUCAUCCACAUCAUCAACAGCAGUUUAAUCAUCAACAACAACAACAACAACAGCAGCAACCGCCCGUUAGCAAACCGAUAUAUGCAAGUAUUUCCAGUCCAUCAUCACCACCACAAUCAUCGAUUGGUAGAACGGUACGAACACGUUAUGUUUGUAUUGGUGGUACCGAUUCUGAACUAUCAUUUCAACCAAACAUGAUCAUUACAAAUGUUCGACCAUCACGGGAACCAGGCUGGCUUGAGGGCACAUUGAAUGGAAAAACUGGUCUCAUACCACUCAAUUAUGUUGAAUAUAUUGAUUGAGUUUGUUAUUCUUCUGAAAUGCCGUUACGAUGAAGAAAAUGAAAAAAAAAAAAAAAAAAUAGAUCGUCUAUCAAAAUCAA